CUUUUAAUUUCGCGGAUUCAAAUUACCGCCUGCAAUUUCUUGAUAUCGUUUGUCAAAAAAAAACUAUUGACAGAAAUAAUUCUGUUGAUGUGUUUAUAAUAGAGUUGCCACUGAAAAAAAAAUUAAUCUCCAUCUAAAUAUUUGUUUUUGAAUUGAAACAAGAAUUAAUUGUGAAUAUCCUGUGGAUAUGUCCAACAAUUUAAACAAGGAAGUAAAUGGAACUCAGCGAACUUCUGGGAAAAGAACACAAUGUUAUCUGAAACUAUGCCUACUGGGUGGAAUAGUUGUGAUUGUUGCAACCGGGAUUGUAGUUGGUAUUAUAAUUUAUGUUCACUUCAAUUCGUCCGAUUCGGAUGAAAAUUACAGCGAUAGUGACGUCGCCAACCAUUAUGGAGUCACCAACGCCAACGACAAUGUCGCUGCCACCGUCAAUGUAACCGAGACUUUGACCUACGAGAUUCCCAACUGGGAAGGCCAGGAACUCAACUAUGAAGACUGGUGUCAUCUCUGGACGCGAGGGCCACAAGUAGGCGAUCCGGACCCAAUGAGUGAUUUCCCAGACCCAGAGCAGUUCCUGGCGGCCUGCUACUCGUACUACUAUGCGUAUUUCAAUUCCUACGACCCGCAGAACAAUCCUUACUAUUAUCAGCCGAAAUAAAUGGACAAAACAAUUGUAUUAACUUAAACUGCCCAAAUUA